AUCUUCUUAAUCUGUGACUCGAAUUUCCUGUGUUGAAUUUGAAUGUGUGCAUCGGUCAAUUUUAAUCGGUUUAUUGAAAAUAUAAAGACAUGAACAAUUUUUUUAUUAGAGAUAUAAAACACAUAUUAUAUGAAACCUUAGUGAACUUACACACCUUUUAAAGCAGCCUUUGUGAAAUAAUAAUGAACGGACCACAAAAGAGCAAGAAAUGGUUCAAACCUCUAUUCGAGUUUAACGAAACUGAACCACCGAAAAAGAUCAAAAAGAUUACAAGUAAAAUUGUUGAACCUAUAAACACCGAGGAAGAUAUAUGUGUGCGAAAAAAUAACAAUAAUAUAAAUCCUACUGUAACUAGUAAAAAUUGGAUGAGGAAUUUCGAUCCAGUUAAAGUCGAAGAUUUAGCAGUGCAUAAUAAAAAAAUUCAAGAGGUGGAAGAAUGGCUAAAAUUGUCAUGUUUAAACAGCAGCAGUAAUAUGUUACUACUGUCUGGGCCAGUGGGAUGUGGGAAAACAGCUUCAAUACAUACCUUAGCAGUUAAACAUAACAUAAAAGUUACAGAAUGGAUUACACCAGUUGAUAUAGAAUUUCCUUCAGAAUAUGGAGACUACCAAUUUAAAGAAUCCCAAUCAAAAAGAUUCCUUGAUUUUAUUAUAAAUGCUGCAAAUUUCACAUCACUUCUGGAUAACAAUAGCAGUAAAGUAGUGCUAGUAGAAGAUUUUCCUAAUACAUUUUUAAGAACACCUGCAGAAUUCACAGAUAUUUUAAAUCAAUAUAAACAAAGAGCAAAAUCCCCUAUAGUUUUCAUUUGCUCAGAGUCACAUACAGACAAUAAAAAUAUAGCACUCAAUCUCUUUACGCCAGCAUUGAAAGAGCAAUUCAAUAUUACACACAUCAUUUUCAAUGCUGUGUCAGUUACUGGUUUAAAAUCAGCAUUAAAACGGGCUGUUGAUAUUAUUACCAAAAAUUACUUAUCAAUGUACAAUAUACCAAGUUCCAGUGUUGUGGAUUCAGUUGUGAAUUCAUCUGGAGGUGAUGUGCGAUCUGCUAUUUUAAAUUUACACUUUGCAUCACUGAAAGGAUCAGCAAUAAACUUAGAAACUAGUAUUGUUCAUGAAAAAGAAGUGAAAAGUAAGACAACUAAAAAGAAAAAGAAUGUUUCUAGUAAAUUUAUGUCUUUGGGAAAGGAUCAAACUGUAAGCAUAUUACAUGGAGUCGGCAGAGUACUUAAUCCUAAAGUUAUAGUAUCGGAGGAUGGAAAGAAGAGUUUGACUCACUCGCCCAAAGACGUAAUUGAACAAUUUCUAAGUCAUCCCAGUUCAUUUAUAUCAUUUUUAGAAGAAAACUACUUACCUCACUUCUCUUGUCCAAAUGAUGUUGACAAAGCAGCCUCGGCCCUUAGUGAUAGUGACUACAUGCUAUCUGAGUGGAAUGAAAAGCUUUGCCAAGAGUAUGGGUUAUAUACAGCUGUAGCUGGUCUAAUGUUAGCUAAUAAAUCACCGGUCUCUGCUUGGAAUCCCGUCAGAGGCCCGAAAAAUAUGAGAGUACAAUAUCCGACAUUAAAAGAACUGCCUCAACUGGACAGUGACUAUUUGUACAAAGGAAAAGUACUGGUUUCCGAUUACCUUACCUAUUGCAAGAUUAUUGGGAGCAACAAUUAGUUUUAAGAAAAACAUACUGUGAUUCUUAAAAAUUAUUUAUUGUUAAUUAAUGAAUUAAACUUUAACAUACA